AACCGCCCCGCUCUUUCCCGUCAAGAUAUCAGCGCGCGCUUCCUCCGAUAGUUCGUUGAAACACAUUCUACGAAUUCUUCUCGCGGGAUUUGAAUAUUCAUGAAGGCGCGACUUGAAUGUAGCCGGUUCAAAACAUUGAGCACACGGCUCCGCUGAUUGACACGGCUGAUUGGACAGUGAGGGCGUAGUGGGCGGGGCUGCGUUAGAUAGCUUUAAAUAAGGAACAAAACACUGUAGUAGAGCAGCGAAGGCGGUCAACAGAGAUGGAGCGGGUUACCAGGGUUUUGACUCUUCUGUGAACGCGUUUCCACCGCAUUAACCAGGAGUAAAUAUAUUUAAAGGACUUUUUCUUUGACUUUUCUGGGAUUUUAAAAGCAUAACGCUUUAAUCGGUUAAAGACGGAAACUCAUCAUUAAAAAUCUGAAGAGCUAUUCCGCCCACAGAAGAAUGGACUUUUAUUAACUUCAACUAGACGGAACACUUUAUAAAAUGCUGGAUAAGAGAGCCAUGGAGUUCGACUUGGAGGAAGAAGUCCGAGGAAAGAACGUGAAGGAGCCCUUCCUCAGUCAGUAUCGCUGCGGUCCUCUCCUCGGCAGCGGAGGUUUCGGCUCCGUGUUUUCAGGCCAGAGGCUCUCCGAUGGACUACAGGUUGCCAUUAAGCAAAUUGCCGUUGACAGAGUUCAAAAGUGGACCAGACUGCCAGAUGAGGUCAAUCCUGUUCCGAUGGAGAUUGCUCUGCUGCAGCAGCUGUCAGAGGACGGAGGCCACCCUGGGGUCAUCCGCAUGCUGGACUGGUUCGAGGUGGAGGGGCGGGGCUUCCUGCUGGUGAUGGAGAGGCCGCCGCACUGCCAGGAUUUGUUCGACUUCAUCACGGAGAGAGGAGCGCUGUCAGAAAGCCUCGCACUCAGGAUUUUCCAUCAGGUGGUCGAAGCGCUUCGAUUCAUUCACUCCCGCGGUGUCGUGCACCUGGACAUCAAAGACGAGAACAUAGUGAUAGACACGAAAACGAUGGAUAUCAAGAUCAUAGACUUCGGGUCGGGGGCGGUGCUUAAGGACACGCCGUACAGAGAGUUUCAAGGAACUCGGGUCUACAGCCCCCCUGAGUGGAUCGCAUCGCAGUGCUACGAGGCCGUCCCCCUCACCGUCUGGUCUCUGGGGGUUCUGCUCUUUGACAUGGUCUGCGGCGACAUUCCCUUUGAGCACGACAUGGAGAUUUACAGAGCCUGCCCCAGUUUCACCAGGCGGGUGUCAAAAGGAUGCCAGUCUUUGAUUCGCUGGUGUCUGUCCUUCCAGCCGGAGGAUCGUCCCACUCUGGAGGAGAUUCUGUCGCAUCCCUGGAUGAAGGCAGGAAAUGACAAAGAGGAGGAGGAAGAGGAGAGGGGAGGCCUGCGUGAGGAGCACGGCUCCCUUCCCUGUCAAUCCCUUUGAAGUGUCAGGACUCUGGACUGUUAAGGACUUUAGGAUCGCCGAUUGGGCGCGUUCCUGAUCCGUUUCCUGUUUGUCACAUUAAACCUGGCGGCACCUUCGUCUGGAAGUUAUUUAUCUCA